AUGGACGCCAGCAAGUCUGCCCAUUAUGAGUCACCUGAGCAGCUCCUCGAUGUUUUCAAAUCUGCCGCCUUGUCUGUUACGAAGUUGUACAAGUCGUCGGUAGCAGCAGAGACAAGAGCGCGAGCGGAGGGAUAUCAAGACUGCCUCGAUGACUUGCUCGCUCUGUUAGAGAAGGAUAGUCAGUUGCUGGAGGGAAACAGUCGGUCACGCCUACACAGGUGGAUAGCCGACCGACGGACUGGAAGAGAAGCGAGCCCAGCCGUCGCCGAGAGCGAUGAAGACGAAUCCGACAAGUCUGCUCCAGUGCCAACCUCGACUUCCACCGCAGCCCCCUCAACUACGCCAGCCCUCUCGGCACCGGCACCGGCGACAGCUCCUGCGACAGCCCCUGCGGACGUUGCACCCCAAGACAUCCGCGAGCCAGAAUUCAUCGUUCCCAGCCAAGAUAGCUUCACGUUCCAGUCCGACCAUCAGUAUCCUGACAUCGAGCUGCUCGACCUCUCUGACAAUCGGGCACACAACAACGCCUCCAAUAACCAUGGCUCACGAACAAGGCGGAGUGGCAGGACUGGGACGCGACAAGCCGGGCCGCUUGGCCGCGGUGCUGGCGCGAAGCGGCGCCUGGGGGUAGACUUCAAUGACUUCUUCGACUUUGGCAAAGAUGGGUUUGGUGGUGGGAAGCGAAGCAGACACACCUAA